AUGGGAGACAAUUCGCCAGAGCAAAAAGCAGGUUGUGGAUCAUUAAUAACCAGCGUAUUUCGACACAGUUUAUGGCCAAGAAAAACAUCCUCUGCGAGUUCUCUUCCCUUACCAAACAAUGCCGCUUCAAAUGAUACAAUACGACGUAAAAGUGCUUCUAAAGAGGUUGUUUACGUAGAUGCACCUUCGCGCAAUACAUCGACUGCACGUUCUGUUACAAAGUCUUGUUCGCCAAAUAAUAAUAAUAAUAAUAAUAAUAAUAAUCCGCAGAGGAGAAACCAAAAUGAAACUACAAUACCACCUCGUCCUGUUCCUGUUCCAUCGAAGGCUUCAAUGGCUACUCAGGGAUAUGUUAAUCAAGGAAGGAGGGUACAAAAGGAAGCUAUUGGAAUUUCGGGUGAGUUAGAAAGUAUGAUCAAUGAUCAUCAAAAAUCGAAGGGGAGUGGUAAUCUCGUUCGCGCUUCUUCUGGCAAUGUUAUGUUGUAUGGGAACUUAGGUAAUAUUAGGCAAGGAUAUAAGGAUAAUAGUUAUUCAAUUGCAAUGGAUAACUAUAAUCAGUAUUUUGAGAAUUCGAGUUCAAAUGGUGGAGGACAGAAGAAGAAUGUGGUGAGUAUUAGUAAUGAGACGAAACCAGCGAUGAAUUCGGGUGGUGGUUCGCUUUGUAGGGCUAUAUCGACUAGAAUGGAUCCAGAACAACUGAAGAUGAUGGGGAAUGAGGAUUAUAAGAAUGGGAGAUUUGCGGAGGCAUUAGCGUUGUAUGAGGCAGCUAUUUCAAUUGAUCCUAAAAAGGCUUCGUAUAGGAGUAAUAGAAGCGCGGCCUUAACGGGUCUUGGUAGGUUGCUUGAAGCUGUGUUUGAAUGUAGGGAAGCUAUUCAGAUUGAUCCUCAUUAUCAUCGAGCUCAUCAUCGUUUAGGGAAUUUGCAUUUAAGAUUAGGAGAGACGGAUAAGGCUCUUUAUCAUUAUAAACAAUCGGGACCAGAGGCUGAUCCUGAUGAGGUUGCUAAAGUGAAGAUUCUUCAAGCUCAUCUAAAUAAAUGCACCGAGGCUCGCAGGUUAGGAGAUUGGAACACACUCAUUACCGAGGCUUCCAACACUAUAUCAUCUGGUGCAGAUUCUGCUCCACAGAUAUUUGCAUUGCAAGCCGAAGCCUUUAUCAAACUCCGUAGGCAUCAAGAUGCAGACAAUGUAAUGAAAAAGGGUCCUAAUUUUGAUGUUGACGAUUGUACAAAGUUCUUUGGACCAAUUGGUAAUGCAAAUUUGUUAGUCACGCGCGCUCAAGUUGAUAUGGCUGCUGGCAGAUUUGAUGAUGCUUUAGAGGCAGCACAGAAAGCAGCAAGGCUAGAUUCAAACAACAAGGCAGCAAUGAAGGUAUUGAUAAAAGCUCGAGCCGUGACAGCUGCAAGAGGCAGAGGAAACGAGCUUUUCAAGGCAUCGAAAUUCUCUGAGGCUUGUAUUGCAUAUGGAGAAGGGCUUGAGAAUGAUCCUUGUAACUCUGUUUUACUAUGCAAUCGGGCAGCCUGUAGAUCAAAACUCGGCCAAUUAGAGAAAGCGGUGGAAGAUUGCUCUGCGGCGCUAAGCUUGCGCCCAUCUUACACCAAAGCAAGGAUGAGAAGAGCUGAUUGUAAUGCUAAGUUGGAAAGAUGGGAAGCUUCAAUAGUAGACUAUGAGAUCUUGUUAAGAGAGACACCAGGAGACGAGGAAGUAAAUCGAGCAUUGUUGGAGGCUCGUGUACAACUUAAGAAACAACGAGGUGGAUGA